ACCUGACUUCAGUCUCAUAGUCACUUUGGGGAUUUUCAAAACUCAGAAGCUGUCUGUGCUGGUCAUGGAUACGGCGCAAACUAUAAUGCAUCAGAACCGAGUCCCGUGCAGCCGCUUAGCCGUCCAGGCAUGGAUGAUCCAUACCCAAGCGUCUCUCACGGAGAUGAAGCUGAAAGUGGAACUGGAACCUGGGACCAUAGAGACUAUACUCCUGUGCACCUUGAGGUACUGUCGCGGUUUACGCAAGCUGGCGGUUUUACCGCCGUGUCCCAAGUUUCAUAACAUCCAGGACAUAAACUGGCACAGUCUGAGACGCUGCCGACCGCUCGCUACGCUUCAGAAACUGCGCUUGUCCAUGGUGGCAUUUUCUGAAGAAGACAAUGAAGCAGCAGCAGCAGCAGCAGGAGGAGGAGUAGGAGGAGGAGGAGGAGGAGGAGGAGGAGGAGAUCGUGGGCAUGUAGUAAAUGCAACUGGACUUUGCGGGCUGCUGAAUCUGUUCCCACAGCUCUGUGAGUUACAGUUGAUGUUCUUCAAGGGUUUGAAAUGGAUUCAUGUCGAAUCUUCGUGCCUGCGAAAGUUGUCGGUGAAGUCGAUGCGGCUGAGCCCAGCAGAGCCUCACCCGGAGCACAUCCACGUCGACGCGUCCCAGUUACAGCAGUUGCUUCUGUCUGACGUGGGAAACUUUUCCCUCGCCAAAGGGACCACUCCAGAGAGAAUAGAAGCCUGGCAAUCCCAACAAGUGCGGUUCUCGGAAUCCUGGGCCCGCAGGCUGUCCCACCUCACGGUGUCCCAAGAUUCCCAGAUGGGAGAGGAAUGGAAGGACGAGGAGCUCAUCGCUCUCUUCUCCUCCAAUCGACACACGCUCGUGACCCUUGUGCUGGACGUUGGAGUUUGUCAGCGUCAGCGUCAGUUUGACGGCUCGAGUGCUGACCUGACGGAAGGGACCUCGCCGACGUCGUCGUCCUCAGUGUUUGCAUCGCUGCGCCAAGGAUUUCGACAACUCAGGGUCCUCCAAAUCAAGCGGUGUAGCCUCGGCACUAGAAUUCAAACCGAAUUCAAACCGGAGUUUAUUGCCGGUUUAGGGGCCCCAAAAUUCGAAGCGCCGAACCUGAAAGAGUUGUGGCUGUCUCUGGAGCUGACGGACGCCACUUCCUCGUUCGUGAACAUGUUCAUAAGAACGUGUCCGAAACUCAGGCGCCUCACUGUAGUUCUCGAUUCCGGGCAAAAGAAGGAUGCUGAAGCUUACCAGAAGAACUACGACAAAAUGUUAGAACUCAUAUCGAAGCACCGUUUGGAGUGGGAAUUGUUUGACAGGUUGGAUUUUUUCUAAGCUGAGCCUCGUGUUUCUCUUUCUUCAAAGCCCAUGUUUCCAUGUUUUCACUGACCCCCAUGUUCAAGGCAUAGGAAUGUGGCUCGCUUAUUGCUGCAGCGAUAUAGCCUAUCAUUUCUGUUGACAACUUUACAGUGUUUAGUCAACACUUACAAUGAAUCAGUAUUCAUUUU